AUGAAUCGUCAGUCACCAUAUACAAAUUCCUCAUCCAGGGCAGACUCGGUCAGCUCAGAUAGGAAAUGGGGGGUAUGGCACUGGGAUUUCAGCCCAGUGCCACAGCCACGAACUGCAGAUCAAGAUCCCGCCCUCAUCUUGACCAACAAGCGAAGUCGAACUAAACCCACACGGUUUCCGGAGCGUGAGAAAUAUAGUGGCGAGACAUACGAGACCCUCCACCACCAGGAGACACCAAAGAGCCGAAAAAUGCCAAAUUUGGCGGUAGAGAUCGAGCCACCCAUUCGCAAAAAGAAAGAUUUGGUCUGUGAGGCAACCACAUUCGGAUCAAAUCGAAAGGACACCAAGGAUAACACUGUUAGUUCAGUAUCGGCUAUCGAAACCACUGUUUCAAAGGGCAACGACGAGCCAUCAUGUGAAGUAAAGCUUCUCAAGCAUCAGAUAGAUCUCCUAGCCACGCGGCACAGCCAUAUGUUGAAAAGUUUGGAAGAUCAACUUUUAAUCUUGAAAGAUGAAAACUCAAAGCUUUACGGACAUCUGGAAUGGUACCGUAAAAUGGAAAAGGCCAAAGCAGACUACUCGGAUGAGGAUGUGGACCACGUUAAAGAGUUGAACGCGGAGCUUGAGCGAAAAGACAGCGAAAUUGGGGAGAAGAUCAAACAAAAUGAGUGUCUCACAGAACAAGUUAACUCGGCGGAAGGAUUGAACAGCAUCUUGAAGGACUUCAGAUCUGGCCACGUUGUGGCUACAAGAUUUGUAGAGGAAAUGACCAAACUCGAAACAAACACGUCCAGAGCUGCCCGCGUCUUUGUUCAAUGUUUAUCUGGCCCUAAGAUAGCAGAACUAGGAAUGCUGCCAAAAGGAAAGACGAAGCUUGACUUACUGGUCGAAGGUACACUUGGUACAAGGGAUCUACUCUCAACUUACCCCAAAUCGGCAAUGUGUGCCCUUAUUUUUGGAUUUAUUCGAGAUCAAGUGUUUCAUGCAGGCUGCUGGGCGUCUCUUGCUCAAGAGGGAUACAUGUUGAGGGGCUAUCAAGAGAUCAUUCAUAAAAGCUUUCCCCAGGGCACCAUUGAAGGCUUUCAUAGAGCUGCCAUUGAGAUGAUGUUGGAACAAAACCAUCAGUUUCGCGAUUGCUGGGUUCAAUCUCAAGUGGAAAACGUACAAUGCACAUUUCUAAAUCUUUGCAAUUCAUUUCUCGAUGAGAGCAAAGUAAAAGAUGCAGAGAAGGACAUAAAAGAGGCUUUGAACCGUCUUCUGACGGACGCUUUUUAUUUCCGUGCCCGUUGCAUACCCCCCUAUGGCAGUCACUACGAACUGAUACACUUCGAGCCAGGCGAUGUAUUUGAUUCAAAUUUUAUGGAGGCACGGGGAGUGGAUGGCACCCCUGUUUCCGUUUCUGACGGAAAGAUCCAUCUUAUCAGGCUUUGUGUUCAUGGGUGCCUGGUUGCUCAUGCAAUUGAGGUGAAUUCGAUUGGCGCAGGCUCUGCCAACACGCUCGGCGAAAGCUUCAUCUCCACCAUGGAUGAAGGUAUUAGUACUACAGGAGGGGGAAUUUUGAAGAGCGAGAAAGCCAUUGUAUUAUUAGGUGAUACUCUCGAGCCGUGA